AUAUACGCAACGCUUUCACACAUCGCACAAUACUCUGAACUUACAAAGUUCUGUGCGUCGGGCCAAAGGCCCGGCUCUGGGCCUGGCUGCCUUUUUAUUCUUCAGUCCAGAUAACCCCAGAACACAUCAAGCAUCGCUUAGGAGUUAGCAUAUAAGUAGCUUUCGCGUUGCCAAGCAGGCUCUCAAGGCAAUGGCGCAGACUAUCCCGCAGAGCCAUCCCAUCUCCGCGGACCAGGUGCGGAACAAUGCGGGAGGCUUCGUAUUCAAGGUCGAUGACUUAACGCUGCUGCGCCGGUACAUCAUCCUCGGUUCUGAUGCCAACAACUACUACGUCUCGCGUAAGUCGGUGGACCUGGCGUCUGCCCAGUGCGUGGCGCGGCUGCUGGCGGCGGGGCAGGGCGAGGCGGUGGUGAAGGAGCUCGUCGACAUCAGCCGGGAGGGGCGAGCGCCCAAGCAGGCCACGGGCAUCGUGGUUCUGGCCAUGUGCGCUCGCCUGGGCGACCCCGCCUCCCGCCGCGCGGCGCUGUCUGCGGUGCCGGCCGUGUGCCGCACCGCCUCCACCCUGUUCGAGUGGGUGCAGCGCUGCAAGGAGCUGGGCGCGGCGGCUGAGCUGCGCAAGACCGAGUCGGGCGCAGUCGAUGCAGCUGCCUUCGCUACCUGGGCUGCGGGCGGUAACGUGGCAGCGGGGGCAGUCGCCCGCGACGCCGCCGCUGCUCGAGGUCGCCGCCGCGGCGGCGCCGGGCCGCCCGCCGCGCCGGCCGCCGAUGCGCUGACGCUCGCUGGUCGCUCCGGCAAGCUGACCUGGGGCCGCGCCAUGCGUCGCACCGUGGCCCGCUGGUACCUGGACAAGACGGCGGGCGCGGUGGCGUACCAGGCGACCAAGUACAGCCAGCGCAACGGCUGGAGCCACGCCGACCUGCUGCGACUAGUGCACCCGGACCCCGAGCAGCACGCAACCAAGCGCCGCAAGGUGGCGGAGGGCUCGGCGGCGGCAGCGGCGGUAGAGGCCGCACCAGCGACUGCGGCAGCUACCACCUCAGUGGCAGCGGCAGCAGCGGGCGGCUCCGAGUCGGACUCUGAAUGGGUGGUGGUGGGUGAUGCGGAUGGCGAUGCUGCUGGCUCGGAGCUGGGCGCCCUGGCGGCGGCGAUGGCGGCGGCGGCGGCGGCUCCGGCAGCCGCUGGCGGUGACACCUCGUCCGCUGCUGCCGCUGCCGAAGCUCAGUGGGUGGCUGACCUGAAGGCUGUCUUUGCCUUCCUCACCCACGGCAUUGUGCCGGGACAGGAGCAGCCACCUAAGCGUCAAACGGCUGCAGCGGCAGCUGAGGCAGCGAUGGCGUCUGCAUCCGAGGCCGCAGCGGCUGAGGCGCCCGCCCGCAUCGUGCUGAGCCCGGUGAUGCAGUACCUAGUGGACGCCCACCGCCUGCGCAAGGAGGUCCGCGCGCCACCGCCCCUCAAGUCUGCAGCGGGCAAGCGUGGGCGCGACGCGGCUGAGUCGGAUGAGGAGCAUGAGGAUGAGGCGGAUCCUGAGGUGAUUGCUGAGCAUGAGGCCGCGACUGCCGAGGCGGUGGAGACGGCGCUCACCCUCAUCCGCCGGCACCGCUUUGGCCACGAGCACGUGGGUGACACCGUGCUGCUGCGAAACCCGGCGGUGUGGGGCGCGUUCCUUGAGAACGGCAUGCCGCUGACCGCCAUGAUCCGCAACCUGGGCCGCAUGUCGGAGCUGGGUGUGCUGGAGCAGCCCGGCUAUCAGCAGCGCGUCACGGACCGCCUGCGCGACGCGAAGGCCCUGACGGCGGCGCGCGUGCACCCGAUGACGCUGCUGGACGCCAUGUGCACCUACCGCAACGGCGCGGGCGCGCGUGGCAAAGCGCGCUGGGCACCGGUUGCCGCGGUGACGGCAGCGCUGGAGGACGCAUUCUACCUGGCGUUCAAGAACGUGGUGCCCACCGGCAAGCGCUACCUGUUGGGGCUGGACGUGAGCGGCUCCAUGGGCUGUGCCAACUGCUCCGGCAUGACGGCCGUCACGGCUCGCGAGGCGGCGGCGGCCGUGGCCAUGACCCUGGUGCGCACCGAGCCGUGGGUUAAGGCUGUCGCGUUCUCGCACCAGCUUGUUCCCAUGAAGCUGCUGGAGUCUGACCGGCUCGAGGAAGUGGUGGAGCGGUCCGCUCGCAUCCCCAUGGGCGGCACCGACUGCGCGCUGCCCAUGGUGCACGCCCUGCAAAAGAAGAUGGCCGUGGACGUGUUCGUGGUGCUAACGGACAACGAGACGUGGUUCGGUGGCGUGCACCCGACUGAGGCGCUGAAGCGCUACCGCGCCGCCAUGAAGAUGCCUGACGCCAAGCUGGUGGUGCUGGCGUUCAGCGCCAACGAAUUCAGCAUCGCCGACCCCAAGGACCCCGGCAUGCUGGACGUGGCGGGGCUGGACUCGGCGGUGCCGCAAGUGGUGGCGGACUUCGUGCGGGGAGGGAUGUGAUGCGGCUUUUGGGGGCAAUGCGCGUGUGACUGUGUGAGCGACGGUGUGGGCGAGGGCACCGGGUGAUAGUUCCGGUGCAUCAAACCAAUGACUAAGUUGGCAGCCGAAGGCUAGACGUGGAUGAGGUACUAUCAAUGCAGUGGCUGACUGGAAACAAAUGUGCCGGACGCUAGGGAGGACUAUGGCAUGCCCACUCCUUGGGUCCGCUGCGUUUUGCACUAGUUGGUACCGUAUCGUGCAUGCAGUUGAGCACGCAUUCUCGCAGGCAAGGGUGGGGGCCAGGACGAAGGGAAGACCCAAAGAGAAAAAGAACGCGUGUAUAUGAGUUCGCCAGUUGGGAGUCAUAGGUUGCUGACUUCAAGACAUGAGUGGGCACUGAGUGGACUCAAUGGCGCAGGCGACGGAUGUUUACUCAGCAGCUAUGGCAGACCGCGGGUGACGGAACGAUGGAUGUAACAUGGC